AUGAUAAGUGACAUCAUUGUUAUUUUAUUUUGGAUGACUCUACCUCAGUACAUAUAAUUUUAUCUUAGGUUUACCUAUUCUGAAUGCAAUUAUCUGAUUUAGUCAUAAAACAGAAAUAGUCAGAUAGAACCCUUAUAAGACAUUGAAAUUGAGUUAGAUGAGCAAAUAGUAUAGGGAAAUUAAAAUCUUGGGUAUGGAAUGUGGAUAAAGUAUCAACCUUUUGAGUCUAGAUUUGAUAUCGGUAUUUUUUAUUUUAAAAAUAGACAUUUCAUCAUAAACAUAUGAUAAACCAAAAAAUUUUUUUAUUUAUUCGCUAUAAGAUUCAUAAUCAUAAAGUUCAAUCUUAACCUUUUAUAUUGAAAUAUCUACUUCUACUUCAGUAAUAAAGCAUCAUAUAGACUAUUCUUUCUAAAUAUAAAAAUCUAAAAUUUCUGUCAAUUUUGAUUUUUUAAAUUACGAAGGAAAAUGGAUAUUAUAUUACUUUUAUUUUAAUUUUUAGUCAAAAUAAACAACAUUUGCUUUUCUCUUUUUAGAAUAGAAAUUUGAUCCAAAAGUGUUAAUUGUAGAAGAUAUCCCCACUAUGCCUGAAAUUAUAAGGCAUAUAGUUGGAGGAAGUUCAAAAAUUGAUUAAGAUUAAGGAAAUUUGGAUUUUUUAUAGUUUUAAGGAAGACUUUCACAAUUAUUUAGUUAAGGCGACUCUAAUGUAUUAUAAGAUAGUAAUACUUAAAAUGAAAUAAUAUAAUUAUGCAAAAUGGAAACUGAAUGCAUAUAAAAAUAAUAUAAGUUAGCUUAUUUUGAUGAAGAAUAAAGAGGAUUUCGUUUUACAAAUGAUGUGACAACUAUUUUAGAAUUUCCAAUUUAUACUAUCCAAGGUUGGGUUAGAAUAAAAUAAUUACAAUAGUAAUAUCGUGAGAUGUUAAUAUUUAGGAUUACUAUUAAUGGGGAUUAUAAAGAUGAUUUUAGAAUUGGAGAUAAAGAAUUAUAUUUAAAAUAUUAUUAAGACUAAAAUCCUAAUUUUAAUGGAUUUACAAUUACUACCUACUCUUAUGCUUUUCCAACCAAAACAGUUUAUUAAAGCUCAGAUAAAGAUAUAAUUAAAGUUUUUGGAGAAGAAUAUCAAUAAUUAUUAGUAAAUUGGCAUUAUAUAUUAUAUGAAAUUGGAACUAUUAAUUAUGAAAAUUCAGCUUAAUUUUAAAUAUACUUCCCUUCUUUAUAAAAAGUUUAAAAAUUUAAAUGGGAACAUCCAAUACAUCAUUUUAGUGGAAUAAAGUUACUUUGUUAUAUUGGAGGUGAUAAAUACACUAAAGAUUAUAUGAUUGGAUAUCUUAGUGAUCUUAUACUAAAUAUAUAUUGUACUCCUCCACUUAUUAAUUUUACUCCAAAUUGUCAUUAUUCUUGUUUAACUUGUUAUGGUCCUAAAAUUAAUAAUUGUUUAACAUGUCCACUAAAUAGCAAUCGUAUAUUAAUAUCUAAAAAAAAUACUUGUCCAUGCAACAUUUAAUAUGUCGAUUAUGAUGAUUAACCUACCUGUGUAUAAUUAAUAACCAUAUAUCCAAAUUUAAAACUUCUAGAAAAAAAAAAAUAUUGCAAUAAAGAUGGAUAUCUAUUUUGUGAUUUUAAUUCUUCAGUAUGUCAAUAAGGAUAUUUUUUAUAUAAUUCAACUUGCCUAGAAUGGUAUUAAUAUAAAUUAUAAUAGUCCUGGUAACUCUGUACUUAAUUCAAGAAAUUAUAUUCAUUGUUCAAAUUGUAUUUACAAUCCCAUCUAAUUUUCAUAUACUCUAGAAUGUACUGAAGAUACUAUUUAGUAAGAUUAUGCAUGUUAAACAACAUAAAGAUCUUUUUAUUAAAUAGAAAGUUAUGUAGUUAUUAAAAAUAGUGAAAAUAAAUUGGAGUUGCAUUUGAAUAAUGUUAAAGAAGAUUGUAUAUAUGGUUAUUUUAUCAAUAGAGAAAAUUAAUGUAUUCCUUGUUUAGAAGGUUGUUAAUAUUGCAAAAAUUCAGAGUAUUGUAUUGAAUGUAAAAUUGGCUAUUUUUUGAAUUAAGAAUUUCAAUGCUAGUAAUGUUAAGGAUGUAAAACAUGCAAAUAAGAAUAAAAUUCUGUGAUUUGUAUUUCAUGUCAUAGUCGAGCAUUUUUAAAUUAAAAUGGCACCUGUUCAUUUUGUGGAUAAAAUUGUGCUAAUUGUGAUAAUAAUCAAAAAUGUUAUUAUUGUGAUGAUCCAGAAUUAUAUUUUUUAACAAUUGAUGGAAUUAAUUGCUAAAGUUGCUAAAUUGCAAACUGCAUCUAUUGUUAUCAUUAUUAUGUUUAAAAUGAUCUAAUUUAUUCUACUUUAGAUAUUAACUUUGAAUUUAAUUAGAAUUAUUAUUCUACAUUAUAAAUAGGUUGUGCACGUUGUAAAAGCUACUAUUAUUUUAAUUAAAUUACAAAAUAAUGUGAAUUUAUAGCAAUUAUACAUAAAAAGGGGUUGGGGUUGGGGUUGGUAAAAUCUACGAGUAUAAGGAAAAUAAAAUACCUAUACUCUCCGAGUACGGUUGGGGUUGAUUCGGGUUUGGGUUUGGGUUUGGGUUUGGGUUGGGGUUGGGUUUGGGGUUGGGUUUGGGUUUGGGGUUGGGUUUGGGGUUGGGGUUGGGGUUGGGUUUGGGUUUGGGUUUGGGUUUGGGGUUGGGUUUGGGUUUGGGUUUAUUAUUCCCCAAAUAGUAAAAUAUGGAUAUCUAUGUUUUGUUAUUCCCCAAACCCUUAGGCUGGGAGUCCAACCCCAAACUUGUAGGCUGGGAGUCAUGGGAGGUGGGGUUGGGUUUGGGGUUGGGUUUGGGUUUGGGUUUGGGUUUGGUAAAAUCUACGAGUAUAAGGAAAAUAAAAUACCUAUACUCUCCGAGUACGGUUGGGGUUGAUCCCUUUAUGUCCUAAAAGUUGCGUCCUUUGUUUUUUGAUUUUCUUAAGGAAAAAAACGAUGUAAUCGUUGUAAAUAUUGCGAUUUGAAAAAAGUAAGGGGGGGGUACGGGAUUUUUUUUAAAUUUGGAAAUUUUUUAAAGAAAAUUAUUAUUAAGGUAGAACUGGACAAAAUUAGUUAAAAGGAAAAAUUAGAUUAAAUUAGCAUAAAGGAAAAAUUAUAUAUUUUUAGCAUUAAGGAAAAAUCUGA